AUGUUCAACAUCAAAGCUGUGCUCAGUAUCGUCGUGUUUCUGAAUAUGAGUCACGUCGAUUCAGCUGCAGAACACCGUCUUCCUCGCGUUGUCACGCCGCUUCCUGCGCCUAAGAUAACCGACCUUCCUCAGUUUCAAGGAGAGCACAAGGAGAGUUUGUAUUGGGGAACGUAUCGUCCUCAGGUUUAUCUCGGAGUUCGUGCCAGGACUCCAAAGUCUUUGAUUGCUGGAUUAAUGUGGAUUGCCGUGAAGGAUAGCAAAUAUCACUUGCGGCAUGUGUGCAAACAUGAGGAUGACCUGAGUACUUAUGGUUGGACAAUGCAUAAUGGACGUGAUUUUGGACAUCAAGUGCUGGUUGACCAUGGAAUGACCUUGACUACUGGAUUUUUAAAAUCAAAAGAGGAAGGCAGUGGCUAUGGAGGGGAUUGGACAGUUCGAGUUUGUGUGCAAGUUGAUCAGUGA